AUGCAUGUGAGCAUAUUAAAUUCAGCGAGCCUCUACUUUUUAAUUCCUCCAGCAGCCACCACUUUGUUAAUUGCUCAAGCAGCCACCUUAAUCUCUACUCUUUUGUCUCUGCAUGAAUGUGAGCAUAUUAAACUCAGCAAGCCUCUACUUUUUAAUUCAUCCAGCAGCCACCUUCCUUUUGUCUCUGCAUGCAAAUUAGUGAAUAAAGCUACUCAGGAAAUCUUCCGUUCAAGCUCGAAACCGGGUCCAUGUACUUUUGAUAUUGAAAAUUAUGAUGGAGGCUUACCAUCUAUCAUCUCAAAACCAUAUUCAUGGACCAAGGUUGCCAAUAUUAUAUUCAUAGAUGCGCCUGUUGGUACCGGAUUUUCAUAUGCAAACACUUCACAGGGUUCCUUUUCCUCGGACAUUAAAUCGGCAAAAGAUAUUUUCACAUUUCUUAGAAAGUGGUUAUUGAAUCAUUCUAUGUUUCUCAAAAAUCGUCUAUAUAUUGUGGGUGAAUCCUAUGGAGGCAAACUUGUUCCUAUGGUUGUCAUGGAAAUAGUACGAGGAAAUGAAGCAAGACUUCAGCCACAGAUGUCCUUUCAAGGAUACAUUAUUGGCAAUGGAUUAACGGAUCCAAUAAUUGAUUUUAAUGCACGAAUUCCGUAUGCUCAUCGCAUGUCGCUUAUAUCCGAUGAAUAUUUUGAGUUAGCAAAAAUUAGUUGUGCGGGAAAAUAUUACAAUCGUGAUCCAAAUAAUGUGCAAUGUGCAUAUGCCCUUCAACGGAUCCAAAAGUGUUUAAGUCACAUAAAACAAAUUAAUAUUUUGGAACCAAAUUGCGGAGACGGAGCAUCAAAACAAGAUGAUUUUGGAUGGCAUCAAACAUUUUCGAAAGACAAUUCAAAUGACCAUCUCAUCCUCCCGACAGGAGAACAAGAGUGUCUGAAUCAAGACUAUGCAAUAACCAAUGAAUGGGCAAAUGCUCCGAUUGUUCAAGAAGCUCUUCAUAUUAGAAAGGGAACGAUAACAAGGUGGAAAACAUGCAAUGGUGGAAUAUAUUAUAAACAGAAUGUAGAAAGCGCUCUUGAAUAUCAUAAAAUUUUGAUCAAGAAAGGAUACCAUGCUUUGGUGUUCAAUGGUGAUCAUGACAUGGCUGCACCAUAUAUGGGCCCUUUAAAAUGGAUUCGCAUUCUCAAUCUGACUAUUGAUGAUGAUUGGAGAGCUUGGCUUGUUAAUGGCCAAGUCGCAGGAUAUACAGAGAAGUACAAGAAGAAUGACUUUGAUCUCACAUUUGUAACAAUCAAGGGUGCUGGACAUUCAGCAUCAAUGAAUAAGCCUGAAGAAUGUCUAGCAAUGAUCCAUCGCUGGCUCUCUAGACGUCCUAUAUAGGCAUGGGUAGACGAAAUGUUUUGGGGGUGCAUUUGUGCCCCUAAUUGAUCAAUCAUGUUGGAAAUUACUUCUCUUUUGCGCUAUAAAAAUUGUGGAGUUGUUCUGUGUUAAAGAAAUAAAUUUCUCCAUGGUAUUGCUUCUCUCAUGUCAUUAGCUUUUAGUACUUGUGGACGGAUGGAUAGUAUUAUGCAUUUUGUUUCAAAUGUGGUCUUUGGUGAUUUAGUAA